AUGAGAGAACUUUCAGAUUAUAGUAUCUUUGAUGCUUUACAAAAUUCAGCUGAAGCAUAUUUUAACGAAGAUGAAGAGGAACUUGAAAGAUUAAUUACUCUAUUUCUAGAAGAUGAAAUUGCAGAGGGUGGGCUUAUUGAUGAUAAAAUAAUUGACACUAUAUUAAAUGCAAAUAAGGAAAAGGAAAAAGAACCCAUGGCAGAUAAAAUUGAGAUUGCACCUGUAUUAAAAAAAGUUAGUCCAGUAGAAGCAAAAAAAGCUAUAUAUAAAAUUAUAAGAUUUUUAUACGAACAGGAGGUAGAAUUUGGCAAA